GGUCUCCUUUCUCAGGGAACGUACAUUGACUCCCUGGGGUUGGCCGGUACUAUGGAGGACGCUUGCCUCCAGGAUGUGGGCCCUGCGUUGAGGGAGAGUUUCGGUCUUAGCCUACAUCUUCAUGGAUCUAGGAGACUCAGGCCUGCAAUUCCGACGCGCAGCGAGACCCUCGGCCUAGUACAGACUGUAUCCUGGCAGGAAUCCGAGAAUGGGCGCCAUUUUUCCCUCCAGGUCCCAUCGCGGACUCCAUUUCCCAGAAGCCUCCGCGCGCGCAAGGCAGCCCCUUCUUUUGCCUGCGGGACCCUCGGCGUCCGGGGAAGAGAAAGUGCGCGGUGAGCGGCUUAGACCCUGGUUAGGCUCUACAGGAGAAGCGCCUUGAGGAAGACUGACCAUAUCCUGCAGUUCUGAAAACCAUGGCUGAGAGAUCGGUGGUGUUCAGUGACGUGUCUCUAGACUUCUCUCAGGAGGAAUGGGAGUGCCUGGGCCCUGCUCAGAGGGACUUGUACAGAGAUGUGAUGUUGGAGAACUAUAGAAAUCUGGUUUCAGUGGGACUUCACAUUCCCAAGCCUCAAGUCAUCUCUCUAUUGGAGCAAGGCAAAGAGCCCUGGAUGAUUGGCAAAGAGCUUACAAAAGGCCUGUGCUCAGCUCUGGAGUCAAUGUGUGAAAGCAAGUUGUUAUCUCUAAAGAAGGAAGUUUACGAAAUAGAAUCAUGCCAGAGGGAGAUGAUGGGGCUUACAAAGCAUGGCCUUGAGUACUCCAGUUUUAGAGAUGUUCUGGAAUUUGGAAACCACUUUACAAGACAAAUGGGAUACCAAAAUGGGCAUUUAAACCAAGAGGUGCUUCCUAGUGAAUACACACCCACAUUUAUGCAACAGACUUUCAUUUCCCUACGUCAAAUAAUUAAUAAUGAAGAGAAACCCUAUGAAUGUAAGAAAUGUAGGAAGGUCUUUAGUCAUAACUCACAAUUUAUUCAACAUCAGAGAAUUCAUAUUGGUGAAAAGUCUUAUGAAUGUAAGGAGUGUGGGAAAUUCUUUAGUUGUGGUUCACAUGUCACUCGACAUCUGAAAAUUCAUACUGGUGAAAAGCCCUUUGAAUGUAAAGACUGUGGGAAGGCCUUCAGUUGUAGCUCAUACCUUUCUCAGCAUCAGAGAAUACAUACUGGUAAGAAACCCUAUGAAUGUAAGGAAUGUGGGAAAGCCUUUAGUUACUGCUCAAACCUUAUUGACCACCAGAGAAUUCACACUGGUGAAAAACCUUAUGUAUGUAAAGUAUGUGGGAAAGCCUUUACAAAGAGCUCACAGCUUUUUCAACAUGCACGAGUUCAUACAGGUGAGAAACCCUAUGAAUGUAAGGAAUGUGGCAAAGCCUUUACUCAGAGCUCAAAGCUUGUUCAGCAUCAGAGAACCCACACUGGUGAGAAACCCUAUGAGUGCAAGGAAUGUGGGAAAGCCUUUAGUAGUGGCUCAGCACUUACAAACCAUCAGAGAAUCCACACUGGUGAGAAACCCUAUGAUUGUAAGGAAUGUGGGAAGGCCUUUACUCAGAGUUCCCAACUUCGGCAACAUCAAAGAAUUCAUGCCGGUGAGAAACCUUUUGAAUGUUCUGAAUGUGGAAAGUCAUUUACUCAGAACUCCCAACUUUUUCAACAUCAGAGAGUCCACACGGAUGAAAAACCAUAUGAAUGUAAUGAAUGUGGAAAGGCAUUUAAUAAAUGUUCAAACCUUACCCGGCAUCAGAGAAUUCAUAGUGGUGACAAGCCCUAUGACUGUAAGGAAUGUGGAAAAGCCUUUAGUAGUGGUUCAGACCUUGUUCGCCAUCAGGGCAUUCAUACUGGAAACUUACCUCAUGAAUAUGAUGAGUAUGGCGAUACCUUUAGCUGUUACUCAUUCUUUACUGAAACCCAGAGAAUUCACAGUGGAGAGAAACCAUAUGCAUGCAACGACUGUGGAAAAGCCUUUAGCCGUGACUGCUUUCUCAGUGAACAUCAGAGGACUCAUAUUGGAGAGAAACCAUAUGAAUGUAAAGACUGUAACAAAGCCUUCAGACAGAGUGCACACCUUGCUCAACAUCAAAGAAUCCAUACUGGAGAGAAACCUUUUGUAUGCGAUGAAUGUGGGAAGGCCUUCAGCCGUUAUGCCUUUCUCAUUGAACAUCAAAGAAUUCACACAGGAGAGAAACCCUAUGAAUGUAAGGACUGUAACAAAGCCUUCCGACAGAGUGCACACCUUAAUCAACACCAGAGGAUUCACACAGGAGAAAAACCCUAUGAAUGUAAUCAGUGUGGAAAGGCCUUCAGCAGACGCAUCGCCCUUACUCUUCAUCAAAGAAUUCACACAGGAGAAAAACCUUUCAAGUGUAAUGAAUGUGGGAAGACCUUUGGCUAUCGCUCACACCUUAAUCAGCAUCAGAGAAUUCAUACUGGUGAAAAGCCCUAUGAGUGCAUCAAAUGUGGGAAGUUUUUUAGGACUGACUCACAACUUAAUCGACAUCAUCGAAUUCAUACUGGUGAGAGACCAUUUGAAUGCAGUAAAUGUGGGAAAGCCUUCAGUGAUGCUUUAGUUCUGAUUCAUCAUAAAAGAAGUCAUGCAGGAGAGAAACCUUAUGAAUGUAGCAAAUGUGGGAAGGCCUUCAGUUGUGGUUCAUACCUUAACCAGCAUCAAAGAAUUCAUACAGGAGAGAAACCUUAUGAAUGUAAUGAAUGUGGGAAGGCCUUCCAUCAGAUCUUGUCCCUUAGGCUGCACCAGAGAAUUCAUGCUGGAGAGAAAAUUUAUAAAUGUAAAGAUUGUGGGAAUAAUUUUAGCUGUUCCUCUGCCCUUAGACGACAUCACAGAAUCCAUAAUAGAGAAGCCUUCUGAUUAUAACAACUAUAGUAUUUGAUUACUGUUCAUUCUUGAACAGUGAUAAUUGGCAAAAUUCUAUUCAGAAUUGAGAAUUGGCAAAUCCUAUUUGGAUAGUAAUUCUAUAAAUGUAGUACAUAUAGAAGAGUCUUCAGUUCAUGAUCAUACAUUUGAAAUGGACUGAAUAGUAGACAUCUGUGAGUUUUUUAUUUGUUUUAUACCCCACUUCACCUUCAAGGUCUACACUUCUAAUGAAACUGAUAAUAGAUUUGUCACUGGCUUCCCAAAUUAUUUUCUCUCAACCUAGUGAUCAGUAAGAGAUUGGCACAUGACCCUGUCUGUACCAUUAGAGCCUUUAGGGAUAUUGUUACGGGUAGUAAGACAGAAUAUCUUUAAAAAAACAAAAACAAAAAACUUUGCAGUUGUAAGUUUUGAGGAUUCAUUGGGGUUUAAAAAGCUCACCAGCAGUCUCUUCGCCACCACACACAGAAAGCCUUCCCCAGCGAGAAGUCUAACGGAGAGGAAGGUGGAGACCGAAAUCUGAUGGCACUGUUUGAUCUCGAUCCAUUCAUGCAUGAUGGUGACACUGCUAUUCUUUACUUUUUCAUUUUUAUAAUGAAAUAAAUUUCCUUUUUUUCUACAUUAAUUCAAAUUAGAUUUUUGCCUCAUGGGAUUAGAAUACCAACUUACACCACCCCCCCCCGUGUUUACCAUUCAUCUGAGAAAGCCUUAAUCUAUGUGGCAUAAUUAUUUUCCUGAAAGAGAAACCUUAUGCUAUAGCAAGUAUGUAAAAAUAGCACACAAUCAUCAUAGAGCUGAGAGGCUUGUUGCAUUUUAUUUGUUGAAAAAAGUAAUUAGUGUGAAAUAGUUUGCUUCACAAUAAGAAAGUUCCUAGUAAGAGUCCUUAAUAGAGUUUCACUAAAGAAGUUAGAAUUAAGCAUGUCAUGAUGGCUCACACCUUUAAUCCCAGCACUUUGGAGGCAGAGGCAAGCAUAUCUCUGAGUUUGAGGCAUCCUGGCCUAUGUAGGGAGUUCUGGACCAGCUGAGGCUACAGGGAGACCCUGUCUCA